GCGAAAAGACUCGUUGACGCAGGUGGGGCCGGCUGGGAACCACCCUGUUAGCCUCUGGAAGGGGCGUGGCCUUGCAGGCGGCAGGAAGAAGUUACCUGUUGGAUGGUUCUAUCCAUUCUCUUCCCAGCUCUUGCAGUUACCCCUAAACGGGAAGCCGCAGACCACCCGUUGGCGUACUUGUCAAGGGCACUCUCUUGGCCUCGGGAAAAGAGAACGGAGGCGACCUUUCAGCAGCAAACGAAAGGCCGGUUUAGGCUCAUCCUUGUUUUCCCUAGCUCAAAACGAUAGAGCCGUAUGGCUUCCGCGGUCUGGGGGAGUGCCCCCUGGUGGGGCCCGCCGCCCCCAGCCCCGGCCCGCCCGCUCACGGACAUCGACUUCUGCUCUGGAGCGCAGCUGCAGGAACUAACCCAGCUUAUCCAGGAGCUGGGUGUGCAGGAGAGCUGGAGUGACGGGCCCAAGACCGGACGAGACCUUCUCCAAGCCAAAGACUUUGUUUUCUCUUUACUCGGUCUUGUUCACCGCCGCGAUCCCCGCCUUCCUCCCCAAGCGGAGCUCUUGUUGCUUCGUGGUGGGAUUCGCGAGGGCUCUGUGGAUCUAGGGCCUUCACCACUAGGUCCCUACGCUCGGGGACCUCACUACGACGCCGGCUUCACACUUCUGGUGCCCGUGUUUUCUCUAGAUGGCACUGGGCAGGAGCUGCAACUGGACAUGGAAUCCUGUUACGCCUGGCUCUGCCUCCCAGCACUGAUGCACGGAACCUCAGUCCGAAAGGCAUGGCAGGGUUGCCUAGGACCCCCAGUCCCAGGCAGACGUGAUUUGACCUACCAAACCGACAGCGAAGAAAAUCCCAAGGACCAGCAAACCUCCGUGGACCAACCUCACGGUUACGUCACUGAGAUUGAGCUAUGUGUGUCUUCGGAAAAAUCACCUAGUAACGACUCGGGGCCUGAGUCGCCUCAGCAAGAGGUAAUCGAUCUUGGCUUUCCUGCACCACUGAAUGGUGACGUCACCAAAGCAGCCUCGGAGAGUUCCGUCCCGCCGCCGUCGGAGGCUCCGGAGGCGUGGCCUACAUUGUGCCCUGCCAAGGUGGCUGCGUGGUUCUUCGCUGUGCUGGCUGAGGUCGCCCAGUCCCUGAUCCCGGUCCCGGGUGCCCCGCGCUUGGUUCACGCAGCGCGCCACGCGGGGUUCACAACCAUCCUCUUGGCUACACCGGGGCCCCCACGCCGCCUCCUGCUUUUCGACCUGAUCCCUGUGGUGUCUGUGGCUGGCUGGCCCGAGGGGGCUCGGAGCCAUUCGUGGGCCGGGCCGCUGGCCUCUGAGUCGUCCUCUUUCUAUCUGGUGCCGAGCGGCGACAAAGAGCGGCCGGGCGCUUCCGGCUGGCAGCUGUGCUUCGCCCGCCAGGAGCUGGCGCUCAAGGCACUCAUACCUGCCCCGCUGCUGCAAGCGCACGCGGCUGCCCAGGCGCUGCUGCGCCCACUGGUGGCCGGGACCCGGGCCGCGGCGCCCUACCUUCUGCGGACGCUGGUCUACUGGGCUUGCGAGCGACUGCCCGCACUCUAUUUGGCGCGGCCGGAGAACGCAGGUGCCUGCUGCCUAGGGCUGCUGGAUGAGCUGGGCCGUGUGCUCGAGGCCGGGCUGCUACCCCACUAUUUUCUGAGCGGUCGAAAGCUCCGGGCAGGAGACAGUGCUACUGCGCUGCUCGCAGCAUUGGCCCGGCUUCGUGGGGACCCUGUCCGGGCCCUGUCUGCCACGGUGGAGGAGGCCAAGGCUGCGCGCAAGGGGGGUGGUUUAGCUGGCGUGGGAGGCGGGGCCCAUUAAAGACUACACCUACCAAUAAAGAAAGUGCUUCUGUUAA